GACAUCGUGGACCUCCUCUGCGAGGCGGUGGAGCGUCCGUUCGAGGACAACGCCACGCGCGGCUACAUCGUGACGUCGCUCAUGAAGAUCACGGGCCAGUCCUCCCUCAAGAGCAGCGCCGUCGACAACAUGAUCAGCUGCUACCGCUCCUCCCGCUACACGGACCUGCAGCAGCGCUGCUACGAGUUCGAGCAGUUGCGACAGACGCAGCCUUUGAUGAAGAAGGUCUUGCCGUACGACGCGUCGUGCGAGGACAUCACGGUGAACACG